AUGGCCGGACGUGCUCGCCAGCAGCUGUCCUUCUGGCACCUCCUUUCGGCGGAACUUCUGGAAGUGAUUGCGAGCUUCUUGCCGCGAAACAUAGUGGCAUGCACGCUUCGACUUGUUAACAAAGACUUGGCUAAGAUAUUUCAGGGUUGGCGUGGCGUCAAUAAGCUGUCGGAGCCCACGCCCCACCACUUCUUCACCUGGUAUUGGAGCCGCCCCGAGGCAAUGCACCAUUUGACGCUCAAGCAACGCCAGCAGCUCCUCAUCCUCACGGCUCGCAGUGGUAGCCUAGAGAACCUGCAGGCUGCCAUCAUGGCGGCAGGCUGUUGCCUCGUUGAGGACAUCUUCACCGCCGCAGCUAAGUGUGGUCACUUGGAAAUGUGCCAGUGGUUGGCGGCCAAGGACUACCCACGCAACGUCGUCGACGCGGCCGACGAGGCAGCCCGGCAGGGCCACCUUGAGAUAGUCCUGUGGCUGGCAAAGCAGGCGGACAUCUCAAGACGCGUCCAUGUUGCAGCCUGGAUGGGAGCCGCCAGUUACUCUCAGCGGAAGGGUGCCGUCGAAACUGCCGCCUGGGCAGGCCACGAUGACAUCGCCUUGUGGCUGCUGACGAGGAUGCUGUUCCAGCAGAACGAGCCGCAUGAUGACGAUCUGCACGACGAUUACGGCAGCGACGAUGACUCGAACGAUGAUGAGCAUGAAAUCGAGCAUCUGAUGUCGUUGGAAGUUGGCUAUGCCGACGCGCAGCAGGCCUCCAAGCGGUACAAGCUCCUUCGAUUCCAUAAGAAGAUUCUCGAGGCGGCCGCGUGUGGGUUCGAGCUUGAGGCGCUUCAGCGCGUGCACCAAACCUUCCUGAGGGCCCAAAGCAGCCAUAAUGUACUGAAGUUCAAUUUACACGUUAUCCCCCGCUCCCUGGAGUCUCCCACAAGCGACUGGUCUGAGAAGGUGGCGUGGCUACUACAGGAGGACUGCGAAUUUCGCCAAGAUUGGGUGGCCUGGAACGCGGUUGUGCAUUACGACGACGCCAUCAAGCGCGUGGAGGACCUCGCACUGGAGAGCCUAGCGAACUACCGGAUAGCCGAUUUCCUGAAGACCGCUGUUUGCGAAGGCAAUCUGUCACUUUUGGAGUACCUGCGGGACGUCUCGCCUUGGCUGGUUUCGGAGGUCCCGGGAUUGGCCGCAGUGGCAGCGGAGGCAGGACGCCUGGAUAUUCUCAGGAAGCUGCUAGUGAUGGGCUGGCGCUUGGAGCCCGCAGCCGUGUCCGGCGCUGCGCAGGAGGGCCAUCUGGACGUGUUGAAGUGGCUGCUGAGUCCGGAGGCCCAGCAGUUCGACGGUGGCGCAGUGGUCAGGCAGGCGAUGGGACCCUGUUUGGCGGCGCGCGCGGCGAAGUCCGGCAAGGUGGAGAUUAUGGAGUGGCUGGGGCAGCAAGGCUGCGUUUGGGACAAGGAGGCCUUCAAGGCGGCGGCAGGGAUAGGCAAACCGGCGUUCCUGGAGUGGAUGGCGGCCCAUGGCUGCCCAAUGGGGCUCACGGGCGAGCCCUAUGUUGUGGCGGCCAGUAGUGGGGACAUGCUCACCUUCCAAUGCCUGAAGCGGCUGGGCUGCCCCUGGGACAGGGGGACGUUCCAGGCGACUGCGGGGUUGGCCAGCCCGGUGUUCCUGGAGUGGCUGCUGGCCAAGGGCUGCGCCACGGGGGACAGGAAGGGGCCACUGAAAGCCGGCGGCCGUGGCGACAUGCUAAGCGUGCAGUGCCUGAAGCAGGUGGGCUGCCCCCGGGACAAGGAGAUUUUCAACGCAGCUGCGGGGUUGGGCGACCCGGAGUUUUUGGAGUGGCUGGUGGCCCAGGGCUGCUCCAUGGGGCUCGCACACUGGACACGCCCUCUAGCAGCACAUGUGUCUGUUUGGGUGUCCCCAAACCCCGACGAGCUCGUCUGCAAGGCAACUCUCGCCUCGCUACACAGAUUUCACCGUCAUGUUACCCUCGUAUGUUCGCCCCUGGCUAGGCAUCACAGCGGUACAGAAGGCUGCGAACCGAGCUAA